GCCCUGAAGGAAUUGUCCGUGAGGACAACUCUUUAAAAAUCAUCCCGAUGGAGGAACUUGGCUUUGGGCAGCCCAAGGACUGAUGUAACCCUUUUUAACUCCACCUGCGACCGCAGAAGAUGACUGAGAUCAUGUGGCCAAACCCAUCAGAUUGCGAUACAUAGCAGCUGAGCGUAUAAAAAGCGCGUCGCCGGUCCGCCGGGGUUGUCAGUCAGUCACAGAGCUGCUGCUUUUCCUCGGGGAUUUAAGACUCAUUAAGAUCAUAUUUCAUAAGUAUGUCUCACAGUUGGGGAUACGGUCCCAAAAAUGGACCCGCCGAGUGGCACCAUGAGUUUCCUAUUGCCAAAGGUAACCGGCAGUCCCCCAUCGACAUCGUCCCCAGCCAGGCGCACCACGACCCGGGGCUGAAGCCGCUCAGCCUCCAGUACGACCCCAAGACCGCCGUAGACAUUCUCAACAACGGGCAUUCCUUCCAGGUGGACUUCGCUGAUAGCGCUGACAGCUCAACUCUGAAGGGGGGACCUGUCUCUGGGACAUACCGGCUCCGCCAGUUCCACUUCCACUGGGGGCCCAGUGAUCACAAAGGAUCUGAGCACACAGUGGCCGGGAAAAAGUACGCCUCUGAGCUCCACCUGGUGCACUGGAACACCAAAUACCCCAGCUUCGCGGAUGCUGUCACCAAGCCUGACGGACUGGCUGUGGUGGGAGUCUUCCUCAAGAUCGGUGCCCCCAACCAGCAUCUCCAGAAAGUUCUGGAUGCUCUGAGUGCCAUCAGACUCAAGAACAACCAGACCGCAUUCUCCAACUUUGAUCCCAAAAUACUGCUUCCUGGCUCUCUGGACUUCUGGACCUAUGAGGGGUCCUUGACCACGCCCCCCUUGUAUGAGAGCGUCACAUGGAUCGUCCUGAAGGAGCCAAUCACCGUGAGCUCCAGCCAGAUCGCAAACUUCCGGAGCCUUCACUCCAACGCCGAGGGAGAGCCAUCCUGCUGCAUGGUGGAGAAUUUCCGCCCCCCCCAGCCCCUCAAGGGCCGCGUGGUCCGCGCCUCCUUCAAGUGAACACACCGUCUGCCACCAGCCUGACCUCCCCCCCCCGCUGCUCCCACCC